CUGAGCGACUGUGCGCCAUGUUGGAGUGUGUGGGUGUCACACAGUACUGAGGGAGCCUGUUGGCUGGCGAACUAUUCAUCAAUCCCAACUCGGGGUUACGAGAGCAACAAGCUAAUCUUGACACCAAACAAAAAAGAAACAGUUUUAUUUACUACUUCGUUCGAGAACUUAUGGGUUAUUGCUGCGGGACAAAGAGCGUCCCCACAGAAACGGGAGUGGUAUGGUAAUGGAGGCAUUUGCUCUGUCGACUCCCCACCCUGCGUGGAAAUGGUUUUAAACACCUUUUCUCUGGAGGCUUCAGGAACACAGCAGUGUGCUGGCACAGCAGCGAGAGGCGUCCCGUUCUGACCACACCGCGGAGCGACUCCGUCGAGAGAGACAGACACAGGCCUUCUGUUUUUAAGGGGGGAGGGAACGGUUCGCGCACUCUUCUUGGUUCUGUCGACUCGCACCGGCCGCCACCAUGCCGAGCUCCACCAUCCGCCGGCAGAUGAAGAACAUGGUGAACAACUACUCCGAGGCGGAGAAGAAGGUCCGGGAGGCCACCUCCAAUGACCCCUGGGGCCCCUCCAGCUCGCUGAUGUCGGAGAUCGCCGACCUCACCUACAACGUGGUGGCCUUCUCGGAGAUCAUGAGCAUGAUCUGGAAGCGGCUCAACGACCACGGCAAGAACUGGCGGCACGUGUACAAGGCCCUGACGCUGCUGGACUACCUGAUCAAGACGGGCUCGGAGCGCGUGGCCCUGCAGUGCAAGGAGAACAUCUUCGCCAUCCAGACGCUCAAGGACUUCCAGUACAUCGACCGCGACGGGAAGGACCAGGGCAUCAACGUGCGCGAGAAGUCCAAGCAGCUGGUGGUGCUGCUGAAGGACGAUGAGCGGCUGAAGGGCGAGCGCUGCCUGGCGCUCAAGACCAAGGAGCGCAUGGCGCAGGUGCCCACCAGCGCGGGCAGCGCCAACCAGAUCAGCUUCGGCCGCGGCUCCAGCCAGCCCAACCUGUCCAGCAGCUACUCGGAGGAGUACGGCAAGUCGGAGGGCUCGCCCGCCUCCUACCACGGCUCCACGUCUCCGAACGCGAAUGCAAACUCGGAGCUGGAGCAGGCCCGACCCCAGACCAGCGGCGAGGAGGAGCUUCAGCUGCAGCUGGCCCUGGCCAUGAGCCGUGAGGCCGCCGAGCAGGAGGAGAGGGUGCGCCGUGGGGAUGACCUCCGCCUGCAGAUGGCCCUGGAGGAGAGCCGUAAAAACAACAGCACUGGGAACUUGGUCAAGAAGAAAGAGGCUGGUGCCUCGACGCUCAUGGAUCUAAUGGCGGUACCCGAGGGCCCAGCGGCUCAGGGGACGGACCCCUGGGCCCCAGCAGGAGCAGCAGCGGCCGCUGCCUCAGACCCCUGGCAGUCUUUCGGUGCAGCCGCUAAACCCGCCACUCCAGCUGACCCCUGGGGCCCCCCCUCGGCCUCGGCGGCCCCCGUGAAGAGCAGCGACCCCUGGGGGUCGUCCACCGCCCCAGCCGACCCGUGGGCGGCCGGGCCUGCCACUCGGCCCAAGGCCUCUGGAGCAGGUGAAUUUGACCUGUUCGGCACACUGAAUGGUACUUCCAGGGAGGACUUCUCUGAUUUUGACAGGCUUCGAUCCUCUUCGAUUAUGACCGGAGAGGCCAGAGGAAGCUCCUCCCUCCCCUCGCAGCCCAGCAUGUCGGGCAGCUUGGACCUGUUCGACCUGCCGCCCGGAGGCCCCAGCAGGAAGACCCCGGAGUCCUUCCUGGGGCCCAACGCCGCGCUCGUCAACCUGGACUCCCUGGUGACCAAGCCCCUCCAACCGGCCCCUGUCUCCAACCCCUUCCUCGCCACAGGAGGAGGCGCUGCCCCGCCCCCGGCCCAGGUGAACCCCUUCCAGGUGCUGCAGCCCCAGCCCCCCACCCUCAACCAGAUGAGGGGGAGCCCCCUGAUGGGCCUGAGUGCGCAGGGCUUUGGCGGGGGGGCCCAGAUGAGCUCGGACCCCCUGCCCCUCUCCUCCCUGCCCCCCAACCUGCUCCUGCCUUCCAUGCCGGCCCCGGGCCCCAUGGGUCACAUGGUGCCGGGCAUGAACGUGGGCGUGGGCCCCCUGUCCCUGCCACAGCCCCUCAUGAGCACGGUGGGCCUCCCGCCGGCUGCCGCUGGCCAGGCCGGCACCACCACCAACCCCUUCCUGUUGUGAGAGGCGCUCCCUGGCCGCCGCUGCGGGAGAGCGCCCCCUACCUGCCCCACAGACAAUUACAGUUUCCAUCCUGUUUUCAGACAGGUUUGCUAUUUUAAGACAUUGAGUAUUUUUUUUUUUUAAGGCAGAACAUACUCAGCCCAGUUGGAGGUCGGUAGCCCCACAGGGAUUGGUAUGUUUCUUUUCCCCAAGAUUUCUGAAAAUGAAGCCUCUGGUUUUAUUGGUGCGUGUCGUUGAGCGUGAUGACCUGUCACCGGUUCAGACGCUCUCUGAACGUCGGCAUAACGCUCUGGGGGACGGGGAGGGGGAGGGGGCGGGGGUGGCUAACAACCUGUCCUUUGAUUGCUUUAAUCUUAUCAAAGGCUUGUGAUUAAUUAGAAAUUCUGCUCCAAUUUUAAUUUUUCUACUUUAGUCUAUUAAAGCGGUGUAUUCACUAAAGCUAACUCUUUUUUAAUCAAAUUAACCUGUCAGUCCUGUCCGCUCAUAGACACUGUGUGUGCUUCCGGUGCACUAGCAGACACGCGGUCCACAGAACUCGCCGAGUUUACAUUUACUGUUUUUUCGAUGUUCUACGCAGGGAUUUUGCACAGAGUUUUGGUUUCUUUGACUGUUGGCUCACCAUUAGUCCUUAGGCAAGCAGAAACGAGGGCCCGCCACGUCACUGCGAAGCGCGAUGAACCACACGCCCUGUCAGCACUCGCCGCCCUCAGGGAGAAUGCGCUCUUCCUGUCUGACUGGUUCCGCACUUCCUGUCUGACUGGUUCCAAUCCAGACACCUUUGGAAGAUGAACCCUGUACCCUGGGAUUUUAAAAGAACUUUCUCAAGCCCGACGAGGAACUGGUUCGCACAUAUUAAGCGGGUGGCUCUUCAUUUUAUUUUCAAAAGCCGCCAUUUUGUACAGCACACAAUCUGGAGGGAUUGUUGGAGCAAACGGUCAUUUAACUUCCCUACUGUGGUUCGGUUCACUCUGCACAGGUUCUUGGUUUUUGUUUCGUUUUUUUCUAAGUUUUAAUACAGAUCUAAUGUCGAAUUAACACAGUUUAGUGUUCGACCACCUAGCCUCUGAGUCCUGCUAUAAGGAUGGAAAUGUUCAGCAAUCUGAAACCUGUUUUUUUUUGUUUUUGGUCAGUCGACCCUGUGUGUUUGUGUGCAGAGAAAUAUUAAUUAUCGUACAAGGAACAAAGGGAAGUUGGCUCGUGUGCUGUUUUCCUGCAGAGAAGCAGGUGUGUGUGUGUGUGCUGUUUUUGAAAGGGGCAGGUCCUGGCCCGUCUUGCUGUAAUGAUCAACCUACAAUAUCACUUCUUUCACUUGGCUUUCCUUUUAUUGUUCACUUAUCAGAUCCAAGUGUUUGUGUACGUUUGGUGUGUUCACUCGUGUAUGUACACACACACACACACGCUCAUGUAUGUGUGUAUGUAUGGUCUCAGAUACAUACUUUUACAUUCGCGUGUGUAUGUGUAGUAAAUAUUAUUGUACACAUUUUUACCUUUAGAGAAACGGGCGGGCUGUCUGUCGGUCGGUCUGUGUGAGAGAGUACUCCUGCGGGUUAGAUUCCACUGGACGGACUGCUUCCUUAAUAACAAGCUGACUUGUUGAUUGUACGUAGUGGGAGAUGUGGCCUCUCUGGAGGAAUAGCAUUAAAACAGUUGGUGGGGGUUGGGGGGACACGUUGUGAGAUUCAACUCUUAAGCUUUCUCCUUUCUUUCUACCAGCAGCUGAACCCUGUUUAUGAGUUUAUAAGGCUGUCUGCAGCCUCAGGGUUCAAAAAGAAUUCCUGCAUCAGGGGUCCCUGUUUCUGCAGGUUCACCUCCAGUCCUAGAGGGGGCGCUGUGUCUGCAGUGGGGGGGGGGGGUCUCGGAGCUGUAUAGGCCUCUGGGUGCCAGCCGAAAGAGAGAGUGUAUAAAAAUCUGCCUUAGGAAGGCUGUUUGUGCGGCGUAUGCGUGGGGCAUCCAUACAGCCUCUUAUCCCUGCCACUCACUUCCACAUACCUGAUUUUCUCAAGGGGAAUGGAUAUGAGCUUUUUUAGGUGUAGGUUAAAUGUUAAAGUCAAACUACUCACCUGUAAUAUGCAUUAAGGUCAGCUCACGAAUCUGAUCUAUCUGGUCCGUUUUUGUAGGUGUGACCAGAUUUAGGACUAAAUGGGUCUCAUAGGAUGAACAUGUGGGGUUCAAGACAGAGUGUAAACUGAUCAACACUGUGCUUUACCUUUCUAUGCGAGAAAAAAUGAGAAAUAUGCAAGAAAACCCACUUCGAAAACUGACAGAAACCAGAUUGUCCCUCUUCUCAAGGGUCAAAGGCACCUACUGAGUUUCUUGCAGAGCUUGGUCAAACUCCAGUUUUCACAUACAGCCAUAAAGUUCAAGGUCUUUGCAAGCACAAUUAAAGCAUCUCUUUCAGAACGUUUAGUUACCAAAGUGUCAAGGGUUUACUCACAUGGAGGUGCUGUAAUGUGUUACAUUAAUACUGAUAUGUAAACUUUAAAAAAUAAAAAAAGGAUUCAGGCCCAAAUGUUUUAGGUUGUUGCAAAUCACUGCCAUUUUUUUAAAUUGGACAUUGUCAGCUUGCGCCCUCUGCUGGACAUGUGGUGGUAAUGCAGUCCGUGCACGGCUUUGUAGCAAAUGCCUACCGAGAUUUUAAGCAUCCAACUCGCAAGCAUAUACCAACUAAGACAUGCAGAAAUGCAAAGCAGAGGGUGACAGCUUUAAGCUGUGUUGUUUUAACUUUAAUCUGUUGUGUGUGUCAAGUUCAGCAGGCUUUAGUCUUGUGAAAAGGUCUAAUCCCUGCAAAUGACUAACAAAAAUAUGCAAAACUGGACGUUAAAUAUGCUAAGAGAGGAAAAUGUGCAUUGGAAGGCAAAACAUGCUGACAUUGGCAGCGUUUCCUUGAACUACAGGUGGUCUGUAGCUCGGUGUGUCAUGUCUGAUUUUCCCGUAACCGUUGGUGUGGUUUUCCCAGUCUCCUGUCGCUAUGGGCUAAUCCUGCGUUUAUUGUGCGGGGCUAACUUUGUGGACAUGCAUAAACAUAUUUUAUUUCUUCACAUUACCGUGUCUGUAUAUUUACCAAACUGUUUCAUAUUAUUGGUGCAGGCUGCUUUCCUUAUGGAUAUGUGCUCAACAUGUUGGCAUUAUAACUGUAUAAUAUAAUUUAUCAUUUGUACUAUUGUAACAUAUUGUUCUGUAUCUUAUUUCUGUGUUAUGGUUUUGUAGGAAGGUCACAUGAGUAAUGUGAUGUUUUAACGCAUCUAAACAGCAGCAAGCGAUAAAGGACCUGUAGCUGCAUUGGUCAAAAAACAAAUAAAUUGUAUCACUUAAUUGGA